AUGGGACAAAGACGAGGAAUCGUAUGGUGGGUGGCCUUCCGCUUUUCUGUGAUGCUGAGCUGCGCCGUGCGGGUUUCAGCUCAGAUCAAAUAUUCAAUUCCAGAGGAAGUAAAGGUGGGAUCUAUUGUUGGAAAUGUCGCCAAGGACCUAGGACUGGACAUCAGCUCAUUGGAAGAAAGGCGUUUUCGUAUUGUCUCAGGAACCGAAGAUGCUCUCUUUAAAGUACAUCAGAACAAUGGAGUGUUGUUUGUGCAUAAAAACAUCGACAGAGAGAAGCUCUGUGAGAGCGUUUCAUCGUGUUUGAUAAACCUGAAAAUGGUCGCAGAGAACCCAAUGGAAAUACAUUAUGUGGCUGUAGAAAUCCUUGAUGUAAAUGAUAACGCACCGAGCUUUCAGGAGGAUGAAAAAAUACUAGAAAUUCCAGAGUCCAUUGUUCCCGGUAAACGCUUCCAGUUACCAACUGCUCGCGAUCCCGACGUUGGCACUAAUUCAUUCCAAGUUGUUGCGUCAGAUUCUGGAACUCCGUCACUAAGCAGCAACGUCACUGUGAACGUGUUUAUUCUGGAUCAGAACGACAACGCUCCAGUCAUCCUGUAUCCAGUCAGCUCCAACGGUUCUGCUCAAGGUGUGGAGGAGAUUCCCCGCAAUGUGAACGCAGGAUACGUGGUGACUAAAGUCAGAGCCUAUGACGCUGAUAUAGGAUAUAACGGCUGGUUACUCUUUUCACUGCAGGAAGUCACUGAACACAGUCUCUUUACUUUGGACCGCUAUACAGGACAGAUCAAAACACUUCGCCCAUUCACAGAGACAGACGAGGCUGAGCAUAAACUGGUCAUACUGGUCAAAGACAAUGGGAACGUUUCACUCUCAGCAACAGCUACUGUCAUUGUCAAAGUUGUGGAGCCCAAAGAAGCUUUUGCAGCUUCUGAUGUUAAAAGUUCAGCAAAAGCAGAUGAGGACACUAAUGUGACUUUUUACCUGAUGAUAACUUUGGGCUCAGUUUCAGCUCUUUUUCUCAUCAGUAUCAUUGUGUUGAUUGCAAUGCAGUGUUCAAAGACCACAGAAUAUACUUCUAAAUAUCUACAAGAGGCUAAUUAUGAUGGAACACUGUGCCACAGCAUCCAGUACAGAUCUGGCGACAAACGGAGAGGAACAUCUGGAGAGUUCCAAGUUGUUGCGUCAGAUUCUGGAACUCCGUCACUGAGCAGCAACGUCACAGUGAACGUGUUCAUUCUGGAUCAGAACGACAACGCUCCAGUCAUCCUGUAUCCAGUCAGCUCGAACGGUUCUGCUGAAGGUGUGGAGGAGAUUCCCCGCAAUGUGAACGCAGGAUACGUGGUGACUAAAGUCAGAGCCUAUGACGCUGAUAUAGGAUAUAACGGCUGGUUACUGUUUUCACUGCAGGAAGUCACUGAACACAGUCUCUUUACGUUGGACCGCUAUACAGGACAGAUCAAAACACUUCGUCCAUUCACAGAGACAGACGAGGCUGAGCAUAAACUGGUCAUACUGGUCAAAGACAAUGGGAACGUUUCACUCUCAGUAACAGCUACUGUCAUUGUCAAAGUUGUGGAGCCCAAAGAAGCUUUUGCAGCUUCUGAUGUUAAAAGUUCAACAAAAGCAGAUGAGGACACUAAUGUGACUUUUUACCUGAUGAUAACUUUGGGCUCAGUUUCCGCUCUUUUUCUCAUCAGUAUCAUUGUGUUGAUUGCAAUGCAGUGUUCAAAGACCACAGAAUAUACUUCUAAAUAUCUACAAGAGGCUAAUUAUGAUGGAACACUGUGCCACAGCAUCCAGUACAGGUCUGGAGACAAACGGUACAUGUUAGUUGGACCCAGGAUGAGUAUAGGAUCUACUAUAGUCCCAGGAAGUCAUGCAAAUACAUUGGUUUUACCUGACAGGAGAGGAACAUCUGGGGAGGUAAGAGCUUAA